AUGUCUGAACCAGUAAUAAAGUCCCUUCUGGACACUGACAUGUAUAAGGUGACUAUGCACGCUGCUGUCGUGACAAAUUUUCCCAAAGUGGAAGUUGUCUACAAAUAUACGAAUAGGUCCAGUGAUUUAACAUUCAAUGAAGAGGCAGUUUUGUGGUUAAAGGAGCAGAUCAGCUAUUUAGGCGAUCUAACCUUUACCGAUGAGGAGGUGGAAUACUUGGCAAGAGAGAUUCCUUACUUGCCCCAAAAAUAUUUAGAGUACAUCAAGACCAGCGAAGUGAAAUUACGUCCCUCUGAGCAAAUCAAUUUUUCCGUGGAAGAUGUGGAAGGUAGGCCAGGCCGUUUAAAUAUCAAUCUUUUGAUCAAGGGCCUGUGGAAGGAUACCAUUCUGUAUGAAAUCCCGCUAUUGGCUUUGGUCUCUGAGGCUUAUUUCAAAUUUGUCGACACGGAUUGGAACUAUGAUGGCCAGCGUGAAAAGGCAAGUGCGAAGGCUAGGGAGCUUUUCAAAAAUAAACUGGCCUUCAGCGAAUUUGGUAGUAGACGCCGCAGAUCGUAUGAAACGCAGACGCUGGUCAUGCAGGGUAUUAUGGAUGUUGUUCAAGAGAACCCAGAAGAAUACACCAAGUUAUUUUUAGGGUCCUCCAAUGUUCUUAUGGCUAAAAUGAAUGGUGUCAAGCCAGUUGGUACCGUCGCCCACGAAUGGUUCAUGGGUAUUGCCUCAAUCACUCAGGACUACAUUCAUGCAAACAAGGCUUCUAUGGAUUACUGGAUCAAUACUUUUGGUCCUAAAAAUGCGGGCCUGGCAUUGACGGACACUUUCGGUACAGACGAUUUUUUGAAGUCGUUCUACCCGCCAUACUCUGAUGCUUACGUCGGGGUCAGACAGGAUUCUGGUGAUCCACAGAAAUACACAGAGAAGAUCGCGCACCACUACCAUGAUGUACUGGGUUUGCCCAAAUUUUCUAAAGUUGUCUGCUUCUCAGACUCACUUAGUGUUGACAAAGCCAUUCAAUAUGCCAAAUGUGCUCACGAAAACGGAAUGCUUGCCUCGUUUGGUAUCGGGACCAACUUUACCAACGACUUCUACCUAGCAACUAACCCCCAUAUUAAGAGUGAGCCUUUGAAUAUUGUUGUUAAAUUACGGGAGGUCGCCGGCAACCCAGCGAUCAAAAUAUCUGAUAACCUGGGCAAGAAUAUGGGCGACCCGAAAACGGUCAAAAAAGUCAAGGAGGAGCUAGGUUACGUGGAAAGAACUUGGGCUGGUGAUAAUGAAGCUCAUAGAUGGGCUGCCUAG